AUGGGUGAUUCAAACGGUGUCGCCGCUGAAACAGCGGAGAGAUUCGCUAUCGGUAUCUCGUUUGGCAACUCCUCGAGUUCCAUUGCUCGCCUCACUCCUGAAGGCAAGGCUGAAGUCAUCGCCAACGAGGAAGGAGAUCGUCAAAUCCCUACUGUUCUGUCCUACAUUGAUGGUGAAGAAUACCACGGCACUCAAGCCAAGGCCCAGCUUGUCCGCAAUCCCCAGAACACUGUUGCAUACUUCAGAGACUAUGUUGGCAAGAACUUCAAGUCGAUAGAUCCUACUCCCUGCCACCAGUCAGCGCACCCUCAGCAAGUCGACUCCACUGUUGCCUUCACUAUCCGGGAUACCGCCAGCGAGACCCCCAACACCGUCACCGUCUCUGAGAUCACAACUCGUCAUCUCCGCCGUCUGAAGCAAUCCGCCUCGGACUACCUCGGUAAGGACGUCAAUGCUGCGGUCAUCACCGUUCCCACCGACUUCACCGAUGCUCAGCGCGAAGCCCUUACCGCUGCCGCUGGCGCCGCUGGCCUCGAGGUUCUCCAGCUCAUCCACGAGCCGGUUGCUGCCGUCCUGGCUUACGAUGCCAGACCCGAGGCUACCGUUACUGACAAGCUUGUUGUGGUCGCUGACCUUGGUGGUACCCGUUCCGAUGCGGCUGUGAUUGCUUGCCGCGGUGGCAUGUACACUAUCCUCGCAACCGCCCACGAUUACGAACUCGGAGGAGCAACCUUGGAUCAGAUUGUCAUCGAUCACUUUGCCAAGGAGUUCAUCAAGAAGCACAAGACCGACCCCCGCGAGAACGCUCGCGGUCUCGCUAAAUUGAAGCUGGAAGGUGAGGCUACAAGACGGGCCUUGAGUCUGGGGACCAAUGCUAGCUUGAGCAUUGAGAGUCUUGCGGACGGUAUUGAUUUCAGCUCAACUAUCAACCGGACCCGUUACGAGCUGCUCUCUGGCAAGGUCUUUGCUCAGUUCACUCGCCUGAUCGAGCAGGUUGUCCAGAAGGCGGAGUUGGAUGUCCUGGAUAUCGACGAGGUCAUCUUCUCUGGUGGUACAUCCCACACACCCAAGAUUGCUCAGCUGGCCCGCAACAUGUUCCCCGAGAAGACUCAGAUCCUCGCCCCCUCGACCUCUGCCAGCGCUAUCAACCCCUCCGAGUUGGCUCCUCGUGGUGCUGCCAUCCAGGCCUCUUUGAUCCAGGAGUUCGACAAGGAAGACAUCGAGCAGAGCAUCCAUCCCAUGGUUACUGCCACUCCUCAUCUGCGCAAUGCAAUUGGUGUUGAAUUUGUGCACGGAGAGACUGUCGAGUUCAAGCCUCUCCUGAACGCCGAGACCGCCCUGCCUGCUCGCCGCAUCGCUCAGUACUCCGCCCCUAAGGAUGGUGGUGACGUCCUUGUGCGUGUCUGCGAGGGUGUCCGCGAAAUCAAGGUCACCAAGCCCGAGCCAAAGCCCAAGGAGGAGAAGCCCGCCAAGGCUGAGGAUGAUGAAGACGAAGACUCCGACUUUGACUCGGACGAAGAUGAAGAGGAGGAAAUCCGUGAGAUUGUAUGGAAGACCGAGAAACCCAUUGCCGAACUUUCGGUCAAGGGCGUCAAGGCUGGCAGCAAGGUUGAGCUGAUGGUUCACGUCAACGCCGAUCUGGGCAUGCAGAUCACCGCUCGGGAAGUCGGUGGUCAGAGUGCUGUCCGUGGCGCCGUCGAGUCGCCCAAGGCUUAA